AAGAGCGGAGUUGUUGCAGGCUGCACACACAAUCUCCUUUUUCUCGUAGGGCGGAGCACUGUCCAUCUACCUGGCCGCGACCAAGGGUACAAACAUUGUGCGCGACAGACGGCAACUUGGAAGAAGAUACGUAUCGCUGGAUAGAGGCGCAUCGUCGUGGCAACGUUACUGUCACACUGUUGUGCGUCGCGUCUAUCCCACGUAAAUACCGCGAGGAGCAUCCGCGAGGUGCGAGCGUAAACACAUCGGUUGACUGUGCCGCGACGGUGAAAUAGUGUUAAGUCGUGACGCCCGCCGUCGUCGUCGUCUUCGUCGUCGGGCGUCAUUGUGGAUUUCGUCUCGUGUUUGAGUACCGAAGGAUGUAACGUGUUCUGUCAGUGACAUCAUCGGUGAUCAUCAGUUGUUGGUGCGCGAAACAGUGAAUAUAGAAAAACAGGACGUCCCUCUCUCUCGACGCAUCUCUCGUCGUAUCGUAUCGCGUGUGUCGCGGAUGUGAGAACAAAGUUCGGCUCACUUCGCGCUACUUGUGACAGACAUCCCGGCGCCAUCUCGAUGUGGCACGCUCGGCCGACAGGUCCCGCGAUCGCUUCGCGCGCGAAAUUCGCGCUCUAGGUGCCAUUCUCCGCGUUGCUACUUAUCCUGCUCCCAAACUCACCGUCGUUGAAGAUAUCUCUCGAGACGAAGCACGUGCCCGCGCGCAUCGUGCAAGCGUGUUAUGCGGAAUUGACGGGAGGCGCUCUGACACCCGAGCUGCUGUGUGCCGAAACGACCGUGGUGGUGUCAUCAGCAACGAUGUGGAAACACGUGUAUCUGGCCGCAGCCGUCGUCGUGACCGUCGCAGAAACCUUAUCGCCAGCGGUACCUGCCGAGCUGUGCUGACGCUUGUUCGCGAUUAUCUAAAUUCAACGUCGGCUACACGUCUCGUUGUGAGCGACUCUCUUGAACUCUUCGAGAUAUAAGAGAGAGAAUUAGAGGAAUUAGUGCAGAGAAAACGGAAAACUCAGAGAGAAAGAUUAGAGCGAAAUAGAAGCGGCCCGACGGAACGCCAUUGUUCCAGACUUAGUCGAGUGCGUGUAAAUUCGUAUUUCGAGUAUUGUUUCCGAUUAUUCUAGAAAGAAGGAAUAGAAAAAAACUCAUCUUUCAACUUGACCGUCGGCUGCUGACGGAGGUUGGAAUUCGACUUCGAUCUCUAUCCGUCGGACAACCUAACCUUUUACCGCGAAAGUCCAGCGUCAGCGUAGCGCGUCCGAGCGACAGGCUUAGAUCGCGCUACCCCAAGUGCGUGCUGAGAAAGUGUUGUGAAGUGUCAAGGCUCUCUUGCUUACAUUGUGGGAAAAUACAGCCGCUACGGUGGCUCAGCACGCAGAGUUCCCCGGCGCGGCCAGGGCGUUCAUGGCGCAGCCAAGGUACGAUGAUGGCGGGCUGCACGGGGGUUACCUCGAGGGCGGUGGUGGCGGUGGAGGCGCAGGGCUGUACGAUCCACACGGUAAUGCCCGCGGUGUUCCCGGUCUCCAUCACAGUCCACACCUCGGUAGUAUGGGUCCGGCUCACCCCCAGUACCCACCGCCCCAGCCGCCACAGCACGUUUUGGCGGCAGCAGCCGCGGCCGCGGCCUCCGCGGUACCCGAUGUCCACAAACGCGACAAGGACGCCAUAUACGGACAUCCCCUGUUCCCACUCCUCGCACUCAUAUUUGAAAAAUGCGAGCUGGCAACGUGUACGCCGCGCGAGCCUGGUGUAGCGGGUGGUGACGUCUGCUCGUCAGAAAGCUUCAACGAGGACAUCGCCGUUUUCUCAAAACAGAUCAGACAAGAGAAGCCGUACUAUAUUGCGGACCCGGAGGUGGACUCGCUGAUGGUUCAAGCGAUCCAAGUCCUCCGGUUUCACCUCCUCGAGCUCGAAAAGGUACACGAACUCUGUGACAACUUCUGCCAUCGAUACAUCAGCUGCCUAAAGGGCAAGAUGCCGAUCGACCUCGUCAUCGACGACCGAGAAAGUUCGAAGCCACCCGAGCUGGGUAACGGUCUGGAUGGCGGCGGCCCUAGAAGCACCGCCGACAGCACCAGUCAUACAGACGGAGCCAGCACGCCGGACGUCGUGAGUACCUCACCAUCGUCAACGUCUUACUAUCCGCACGACGCGCUCACCCCCCACCACCAUCACCAUCACCACCACCACCACCAUCACCACCAGAGCCAGAAUAAUAACAAUAUUAGUAAUAAUAAUCACGCCGGGAUCGGCAGUACCGCCACUACCACCCCCCUGCAACUGAGCAACCAAAACCAAAGCCAAAACCACCACCCUGCGCCGCAGUCGAACACCACCACUACUACUGCUAUUACCCCAAGUAGCGCCGCCACAACUCCCAACUCCCUAAAGCGUACGCACCAACAGAUGAUGAUGGCAGCCGCGGCGGCAUCCGCGAUGGCCACCUCGCCGCACGCAGCCGCAUCCGCGCCCCCUGCGCACGCGCACGCGCACGCCGCCCUCGCCGCCUACCAUAGCAUUAGCUCGGCCGUUUAUCCGUGCUCGUAAUAGACUACGCCACUUCCGUGCCGAUUUUGCGAGACCUUUUCUCUUUCUUCUCUGUUGUCCUUCCAGCGACAUUAUUAUCCUCCUCUUAUUUGCUUAUCCUCGUAAUUCUACUUCUUCUUCGCGCUCGCUUCCCGCUACCUUGUCUCGUUCGUGGAUGUCAAGCUAGUAUCGUGGAGCAUCCUUGGUUCAAUCGAAUCUACGCGAUUAAGAUGGUAAGAAAUUUGCAUAAAAUGUGUCGUUUCUUCAGGAUUGAUUUCGCUCGAUCCCUUUGAAGGAUGAAUCGAUCUCUCUUUCUCAUUCUCUUACGACAUCGGGAACGGUCUGUGUGCUGUGGUAGUUUAAUCGUGACUGACAACAGCGAGCCAGGUCGGACGCGCUUGGCGCUCUCUCACUCGCUUUCGCAUAGAGGUCAUACACGCGUGGGAGUUUGAACAUGCAAACCCGGGCCCGUGAGAAUGGGCCUGCUGCUCUGUAGAGAGACAGUAUUUAGUACCUGAUCGAUGACGAGACGCGAGUACGUGUGGGCAGCUGCUUCUUCUAAUGCUCUGUUCUCGUUCUCGUUAACGACUUUCUUCGAUUUUUUCAGAGGAAAGGGGACUACUUGAUGUUUCGUGGGAUAUAUUAGAAUGUGUGCCGUACACGAGCAAUAAAAGAUCGCGCAGAGACUCGUAUUGUUGGACUGGCGCUACUUGUUGAAACUCUCUCUUAGUAUCUAUAAGUUUCUAUAAGUGUCUCGCACUGCUCCGCGAGGAUGAAUGCCGAUCUUCUCUACGACACUUGACUGGCUUUGAGUUCAUUCAUUCUAUCUUGUUUCUUUCUUCGUCUAUAUAAACUCUCUAGUUAUUCGAGAUUGUAGAUUUUAUUUGUUCGUCGCAUUUUUUACAUUUAUUUUUGUUAAAAUGUAUCACUUGUGUUAAGUUUUCUUUGUAUAGAUGUUGUUGAUAUUGCGCGUACAAAUGAAAAAAAAAAGGAGGGAGAAAAUUGGACGAUAGAGAUUCGUUUUCGAGUCGUAAAAGUUCGUAGUGAAGUCGGAUGCGUCGUCUUGGGUCCAUCGCCUUCUCAGGUUUGCCAAAUGUACUUGGCUUUGUUUCGCAACAUUUUUUUCACGUAACUCUCGCGACGAUUAAAUUUGCGCGUAAUUAGCUCGCGUGAGUUUUUGUCCGACUAUGUUGUAGAUCUGACGCGGACUCGAUUACGUAAGGUCUCGUGCGUGUGGCGCGUAAUAGAAGAAUGUUUCUAAAUCUGUUUCGAGCCAGACAGGCAACGGUCGUCCGUUGACAUCGACCCUCACUCGAUCCGCUUUCAAAACAUAUUCAGAGAUAUUCUCGUUCGAAACCGCCUUGGAAACCAGUCGUAAUGGGCUAUUAUCGGUGCGUGAGCGCCGAACGAGAGCUCGCGGCUGGUUCGCAGCCUUAUGCAACCAAUCGUGCGUUUUGCUCUUCGUGCGGCCGGGACGCGGUCGGCCUCUUUCCAUCUGCAGGCCCGGCAGUUAUCGGAAAUAACGAGAUACGCGGUUCGCGCGCGCUCAUCGGUAAACCGCUUCGAGAGCAAGGCAUUCGUUCCAUCUCGGAGCUUCUUUCCUCUCUCUCUCUCUCUCUCUCUCUCUCUCUCUCUCUCUCUUUUUCUUAUUAUCUUGCAGCCUUCUCUCCUGUCUCUCCCUCAGGGUCUCUCGCGGCACGCCACGACGCACGAGACAGACGUACAAGAUACUUAAAAGAACGAGCAUUAGUGAAGGAGGGCGCGUUCGCGAUUUCCGCGCGACGAUCAGCAAAGUAGGUCGCAUCGAAUAGCUAGAGAUAGGGUAGAUAGAGAGGCGCGAGAAAAAUCGAGGUAGUAGUCUAACUGGUUUGAAAACAUCUUUUUUUUCUUAUGUCGGAUAUAGCGAUCGAACGUAAGUGAGUCGGGAAAGAGGGUAAGAAGAGGGAGAGAGAAAGAGAGAGAGAGAGAGAGGGCAAGAGAACAACGCACGCGGGUUACUUCAAAUGUCACGCAAACGUCACGAGACCGUAUCAGGUGUAUAACGACAGGGAGCAGAGACAGACGGUCAAUUAAUGCGCGAUGUAGGGAAGACCCCGGGGUGCGAAUAACCCGAUAUUGCAUUUCAUAUACUCUCUUUUUUUCUCAUUUUAUUUUGCUAUUUUUUUAAAAAUAUAAAUACCGCAAUUAUUGACCGCGAUUUAUACGUGGAGCUCUAUAUAGGGGCGAGAGGAGCACGCGCGCCUUUGAUAGCUAACCGGCCUCGAUGCACCGCGCGCUGGAUGAUGAUCGAUACUAUCGCGGUAGGCGUGUUUACGACAGGCAUUAUAUCGUCUACGCGGCGUCUACUUUCCUGAGGUAGCUUCUCUUUCGUGGGCGUACACGCGCGCGGGUGACGUCGCAGCGCGUCUUCCUACGAGGUAGCAGUCGAGGCCAUCGAUUAAUGGAUUCGCUGAGCUAGAUAUUAAUCGUGAUCUGGAUAUACGUAAUAGGAUUAAGGCUCAUACGCGUCACAAAAAAAAAAAUGAAUUUUGUGUCUAUUUUUAAACCGAAUGAUUCGAGUUAGGGAACGCAUGAAAGGCAUAAAGAGCGAAUGGAGUAGGAUGACGUAAUAUGUGUGAAUCGUGUUUAAUGAGAUAGAUUGUAGUGUUUAAUUUAUUGUCUUUAAUUUGAGGUUACCGGGAGUUGGCAAGUAUACUAUAAAACAUAUGACGACGAGACGAGACAGGAAUUAUGGAGAUAUACGACGAGCGAAUGCGUGAUCGUAGUAGACAAAGACUGCAGAAUCUCUUUGACCGCGAAAUUGCGUUCGCGGGUGUGCGAUCGGGAUCGAGUUUGCAACGCAAACGCAGAGCAAAAAGUCAUAUUUGAGAUCGGUCGACGACGAAGAUGCGAGAGCGAAGAUGCAGCUAAAGUCGUGCGCAAUCGAAUUAGCCAGCUAUUGUCACUAGGUCUCGGUACUCGUAACUAGGGAGUUGUGUGAGGUACUAGUCCUGAUCGGCAGGGCGCGCGAGGUCCACCCCCCCAAUCCCCCCGUACUUAAUAACCCUUGUAUCUUAUAUGAGAGAAACAAGUAGAAAGAUGAAUAAUAUUUCGAGGUCCUCGAAAGAGCGAGGAGAGAUCUGGACUCUCCUGCUGGUGCCCCGCUAUAUCGCGAGAAGGAUUUUUAGAAAAUUCGCCGUCUUGAUAUUGAUAUGAUUUUAUUUCGGGUUCGGAAUGUAUACAUGUAUGCGUAUAUGUAUGUACAAGCGAAUCGUAGUCUGAAAUCAACUGACAAUGAGUGCA